AUGCCCACCCCCGAGUGGCAACUGUCAGACUCGGUCCGCAACGCGGAUAAGGCCGCCAAGCUCACGGCGCAGUAUCUUAACAUCCGCGUGGUGCGCGGCGAUCUGGCCUCCGUCGAUAUUAUUGAAGGAAGAAACUUCGCCAACUCGGAUCACGUUACUGCUGCCACUACAAUCCCCAAAGGAUACAACGACUGGGAAGGUAUGAGCGAGCUGCCCCAUAUGCCCCCUGAUGCCGUACACCGAAACGUCAACGAGAUCGUAAUCGACGCCUCCAAGUCGAACCUGCCAGCGAAGGCUACGUGGAACAAUGACGACUACUACCUAGCCGAGAAUGGGCCGUUCGUUUGGGGCGAUAUCCAGCGCGCAGUUACAAAGGCCGCUUUUGAAAAGAACCUCAUUCCCUCGCCGGAGGUUGAGCAGUUGAAUGACGCGCAGAUUAUGGAGCUCAUUCUGGAGGGUUACUAUGGUUUCUAUGCUUGGGGUACGAAUUGGGCAUGCUAUUCGUGCCCGUAA